AGGUUGGCAAGUCAGUCCUAUCUUUGACUUAAUUAAAACAAUUCAUUCCUCCCCACUUUAAUCGAAAAAAAGUGUCUCGCGGAGUGUAUAUUUCAAGAUGAGUGUAUCCACUAAGGCCCAGGAGGACUUGAUCUAUCUAUUCUUCCAACAUGGCUCGGCGUACAACUCAAUAUGGGUUGGGGAUUAUCAUGGUCAUGGUGAUUCCUGGGAAAUUGAGCAUGAGGUUCCGAACGUGGAAAUGUCAAUCCGCGACUCUCCUGCAGUUGACAGAUACCGAGGCCGGAUUAGGAUCGUCUACCAGAACGAACAGCAACGAGGCCAGCUCUGGUAUACCAUUUUGGAGGAGGUUGACAGACGUUACGUCUGGACGGAUCCACAACAAGUUCCAUAUUCGAUUAUCUCAUUGACACCGAAUGCGGUAGUGUUCCAAGGCAGAAUCCACGUCUUCUAUCAAGAGGCCGGGCGAAAUGGUCAACUUUGUUUUGUCGUGUUCAAUGGACGAAGCUGGGAUUAUCCCUCGAAAGUGGAUUUGAGAGAUGCAAUGUCCAUGUCCCCAUCUGCGGUUGUCCACGAUAAUCAGAUCUAUGUGUUUUACCAAGGUCCGGGACAGAACGGUGAGCUCCGCUAUAUCAGUUUGAAAGGAAGUACAUGGCACAACGAGGCCAUCGUUCCCAGUUCAGUCAUCCCUAAACCCCGAUCUCAUCCAUUGGAAUUAACCCCCGUCAUUCUCGCAUAA